UGGCCGCCAGAGUUCCCAGAGGAAAUAUUGGCACUCGAGUGAAAGCAAAGCCCUAGCAGAAGCCAAAAACUUUUGUAUUAUUUCGCCAAAAACUCGGAGUGUGUGGUGUGUUGGCAUAUUAAACUUUCUCUCGCUCGGAGCCAGGAACAAAUUAAAAGCACUCAAGUGAUGUUAUUAGCAUAUAAGCAGAAGACCUGGCGAAGAAGAAGUUCUUUCAACCACGUGGAUUUUUGGCUGUUGGCUGAGUGAGAUUGGCGCUGAACCAUUUCCGUUUCCACUCGACGUUCUUUCUUUCUUAUCCAGCUACUCGACUUGGAUGUCUGCAACAGAAACAAGAAACAUCUGUUACACGGCGGGCGGAUUGCGGGAGAAAGGGGGCCCUCUAGCGAGCGGCCGGCCGCCCACACUCGGGCCCCGGGAGUCGUGCGAGACGUGGUGCCAGUCGUUUUGCACAGGAUCGGCAGCGGAGACGACGACAAUGUCGGACGAAGAAGAAUCGCAAGAGCUGGUGAUGAUUGCCGAAAAGGCCCGUUCGCUGCUCAACCGCAACGAACGCCAAGUGCUGAGUCACUGCUGCCAUUCGUACCUGUCCGGCCGGAUGGGAGUCCACCACUUUGUCGACGCACUACUCCGCCUCCUACCCACUCCCGACAAGGCCACUUUUCUGGUCGAGUUGCGUGAAUUGGUGCGUGAUGAAGACCACGACGAGUACGACUACAGAGUCUUUACCGUCCCGAACCGGCCCUUCCGCUCCGUCCAGUUCCAGAGCGCUAAUAGCCUGGAUUAUGAGCAAUCGACCGAAUGUCUUUUGCAGGUCGAGCGAGGAGCCGUCGCCCCGUUGUUGUCCGGCGACGGAGCGACGGGCGAUCAUCACUAUCAUCAUCAUCCCUUCUAUCACAACUACCAGCUACUCUCGCAGGGCAAUUCACCAAACUGCUCCCCCGACAUCAGAGAAUCCAUUCGAGCGGCAAAGUCGCUACAGGCGAUGGACUUUGAUUCGCCUUGCGACGUCAUCGGCACGACGAUCCAGCCCGUGCCGUUGGCCGCCUCCGCCCAACCCUUCCGGGGAGGACUGAAAGAGACCAACAUCAUCCCCAUGAUGACAAUCGACCUGAAGACAGCCUUCCCCACCUCCUCUUCCUCUUCUGCCUUCAAACCUCUGGCGGCCACUUCCAAUCACGUCACGAAGGAAUCGUUUGGUGGCCAGAAAAAUGUUGCAGCUCCCACUACCACCGUGCCGAAACAAUGGCCGACGAAUAAAACGACGACAGCAGAAGCACCACCAGCACCAGCAGCGGGCCGGCGUACCGGGUGCCGGUUGCCCGUUUCGGACGACGAACCCACGGAGGUCGUCAUUCGAAAAUCAAAGAAAAUUUUGGGCGUGGCGAUUGAAGGAGGAAUCAACACCCGACAUCCACUGCCUCGCAUCAUCACCAUCGACGGCAAAGGAACGGCGUUCGAAGCUGCGGGACUGCGAAUAGGGCAGACCAUCAUCUCCGUGGACGGAAGGCCGAUGCAAGGAUUGACUCACGAGGAAGCGGCCCGCAUCAUCGCCAAUUCUUACGCUGACCGGAGUGUGCCUGAGUUGAAACUGCUGAUGAGUCCCAGCACCUUCCGUCCCAAUGCCAACUAUCAACCAGAGAAUUGAUGAUGAAACUCGGAACCUUUUGCUCUCUUUCUCUCCCUGUCUCUCUAUUCGACACGGUCCAACAGCGAUGUAAGGAGUCCGCCUUCCAAUUCGUAUCGGCGCCAUGUUUUACAACCCAUUAGAAAAAUCACAAGUGCUUUUGAAACCGAAUCCUCGCUUGAAGAAAAUUGAACAUGUUACUACUUUAUCUCAUUCUGCCUUUUAAAACCAUGUAACUUAAUAUGGGUGCUGGUUAUCCUUAAAGAUUUGUUUCUUAUUGAAAUAAACGAUUUGUUUGACUUUUUAAA